GAGGAAAACUGAGCAACAGCCACGACUGUGGACGCGAGCGUCUCCGGUGUGCGCAUGCGCCCGCUCAGCGGCCUGCUUCUAUUUAUGUGGGGGACCCAACAUGGCGGCUGCGGCGACCCUGGCGAUGGCGGUGGAGCUCAUCAGCACGUAGUAGCGGGGACAGGGACCCGGUUCGCACUCACGGUGGCGUCCGCGGAGGCGGCUGAGGGUGCUGGAGGGAAGAAAAGCGACGGAGAGCGGAAGGAAAGGCGGGCAGGCACGCCGUGCGGGGUCGAGGCGAGAGCCGGCUCGAGCGAGCGCCGAGGGCCAGAACAGUGGGGAUGGCGGAGCCGCGCAGAGUCGCGUUCAUUAGCCUGUCACCGGUGAGGCGGCGCGAGGCCGACUUCGCGGGCGCCGAGCGCGAGCCCCCCCGCCUGGAGCCGCCGCAGCCGUACCGCGAGCCGGCCCGGGCGGAGUCGGCCCCCCGCGCUGACGCGCAGCACCCGGCGCGCGACAAGCCUCUCCCCCAGCGCGAGGUCAGCCGCGCCGAGCCGCCCAUGGCGCUGCAGCGCGAGCCCCCGCGGCCCGAGCCGCCGCCGCCGCCGCUGUCCCUGCAGACCGCCCCGCCGCGGGACUCGGCUGCCCGGGCGGAGCCGCCGCCGCGACCGCCGAAGGAGACGGUUCGCCUGGAGCUGGUGCUCAAGGACCCCACGGACGAAACCUGCGUGGAGUUCAGCUACCCGGAGCUGCUGCUGUGCGGAGAACAACGGAAGAAGCUUGUUCAUGCAGAAGACCCAUUUGAUGAUGAGCAUAAGGAGAGGCAAGAAGUGGAAAUGUUGGCUAAGAAGUUUGAAAUGAAAUAUGGUGGGAAAGCCCGUAAACACCGGAAGGAUCGGCUACAAGAUUUAAUUGAUAUAGGCUUUGGCUAUGAUGAAACAGAUCCAUUUAUUGAUAACUCAGAGGCUUAUGACGAAUUAGUCCCUGCUUCUCUAACAACAAAAUAUGGAGGCUUCUAUAUCAACACUGGCACUCUUCAGUUUCGCCAAACGUCAGAUACUGAAGAAGAUGAUAUUACAGAUAACCAAAAGCACAAGCCACCCAAGGUUCCCAAAAUAAAAGAAGAUGAUAUUGAGGUAAAGAAGCGGAAGCGGAAAGAGGAAGGGGAAAAAGAGAAGAAGCCAAGGAAAAAAGUGCCCAAACAAAUGGGAGUUGUGGCUCUCAAUUCACACAAGUCUGAAAAAAAGAAGAAGCGAUAUAAAGAUUCCCUUUCUUUGGCUGCCAUGAUACGAAAAUUUCAAAAAGAGAAGGAUGCAUUAAAGAAGGAAUCUAACCCUAAAGUCCCUGUGACCCUAACUACUUCCUCUCUGACCAAGCCCUCUUGUGCUGCUACAGCCCUGGGGGAUGACAUCUCGGACUUAGGUCUGAACAGUGCUGAUCCAGACCUCCCUAUUUUUGUUAGCACAAAUGAACAUGAAUUGUUUCAGGAAGCUGAGAAUGCCCUCGAGAUGCUAGACGACUUUGACUUUGACAGAUUACUGGAUGCUGCUUCUGAUGGUAGCCCGCUCUCUGAGUCAGGGGGAGAAAAUGGAAACACCACUCAACCCACCUUAACCUCUCAGGUUCUACCCAAGGUGGUACCUACACUUCCAGAUGGCCUACCUGUGCUCCUUGAAAAACGCAUUGAGGACCUUCGUGUAGCUGCCAAACUUUUUGAUGAAGAAGGAAGAAAAAAAUUCUUCACACAAGAUAUGAAUAAUAUUCUUCUGGACAUUGAGUUACAGCUACAAGAACUAGGCCCUGUCGUUCGUAGUGGUGUCUACUCCCAUCUUGAAGCAUUUGUGCCAUGUAAUAAGGAAACACUGGUAAAACGUCUAAAGAAGCUACAUCUUAAUGUCCAGGAUGAUCGUUUAAGGGAACCUCUGCAAAAAUUGAAGUUGGCUGUUAGCAACGUCAUGCCCGAACAGCUAUUUAAAUACCAGGAGGACUGCCAGGCUCGCAGUCAAGCCAAGUGUGCCAAGGUGCAAGCAGAUGAAGAACGGGAAAAAAAUGGAUCUGAAGAUGAUGAUGAGGAGAAACCAGGGAAACGAGUCAUAGGCCCACGAAAGAAAUUCCACUGGGAUGACACCAUUAGAACUUUGUUAUGUAACCUUGUUGAGAUCAAAUUGGGAUGCUAUGAAUUAGAGCCAAAUAAAAGCCAAUCUGCUGAGGAUUAUCUUAAAUCCUUCAUGGAGACAGAGGUGAAGCCACUUUGGCCUAAGGGCUGGAUGCAGGCAAGAAUGCUUUUUAAGGAAAGCCGGAGUGUACAUAAUCAUCUCACCUCUGCUCCAGCAAAGAAAAAGGUGAUUCCUGCAUCAAAACCCAAAGUCAAGGAGGUGAUGGUAAAGACCCUUCCUGUUCGUUCUUUCCCCACUAUGCUGAAGGAAUGUAGCCCGAAAAAAGACCCAAAGGCUCCUGCAUCUUUGGUGGCUUCAGUUGGUGGUCCUUCCACGAGCUCCAGUACAUCCAUCAUUGCCUCAGCCAGCUCUAGCUCAGCACCAGCCCAAGAAACCAUCUGCCUCGAUGACUCCCUGGAUGAAGACCUUUCUUUCCACUCAUCUUCACUGGAUCUUGUAUCUGAAGCUUUAGCUGCCAUCAACAAUGGGAACAAGGGCCCCUCAGUUGGCUCAAGGCUAAAUGUGCCAACUACAAAACCUCGUCCAGGACUGAGAGAAGAAAAACUAGCAAGUAUCAUGAGUAAGUUACCACUGGCUACUCCCAAAAAACUAGAUUCUACUCAGACUGCACACUCAUCAAGUCUUAUUGCUGGUCACACGGGGCCAGUACCAAAGAAACCCCAGGAUUUAGCUCAUACGGGCAUUUCUUCAGGCCUUAUUGCUGGUUCUUCAAUUCAGAACCCUAAAGUUUCCUUAGAACCUUUGCCAGCCAGGCUACUCCAGCAAGGACUGCAAAGGUCAAGCCAGAUACAUGCUUCGUCCUCUUCUCAGACUCAUGUCUCCUCCUCUCAAGCCCAAGUUGCUGCCUCCUCUCAUGCUCUGGGAACAUCAGAGGCCCAAGAUGCUUCUCCGUUAACACAAGCAACAAAGGUGCACCAGCACUCAGCUGUCCAGCAGAACUAUGUGUCUCCAUUACAAGCCACCAUUAGUAAAUCACAGACCAACCCAGUGGUGAAAUUAAGUAAUAACCCCCAGCUUUCCUGUUCGUCCCAACUACUCAAGACUUCAGAUAAGCCACUGAUGUAUCAUCGCCUCCCUUUGUCUACCCCAUCACCUGGAAAUGGGUCUCAGGGGCCCCACCCCCUGGUUUCUAGGACAGCACCGAGCACCACUACCUCCAGUAAUUAUUUAGCCAAGGCUAUGGUGUCACAAAUCUCCACCCAGGGUUUCAAAUCUCCCUUCUCAAUGGCUGCAUCUCCCAAACUUGCUGCAUCUCCCAAACCUGCCACAUCCCCCAAACCUUUGUCCUCACCUAAGCCUUCUGCCUCACCCAAGCCCUCUCUGUCAGCUAAGCCUUCAGUAUCAACUAAACUUAUUUCUAAAUCCAACCCAGCUCCCAAGCCUGCUGUAUGCCCGACUUCUUCCAGUCCAAACACACUAGUAGCCCAGAGUAGCCAUCCCUCAACUAACAACCCCGUCCAUAAACAGCCCAGUGGAAUGAACAUCAGCAGACAGUCUCCCACUCUGAAUUUGUUGCCCUCAAAUCGCACUUCUGGCCUUCCAUCUACAAAAACUCUUCAGACCCCUUCUAAAUUAACAAACUCAUCAUCCACUGGAACUGUUGGGAAGAACAGCUUGAGCGGAAUUCCAAUGAAUGUACCUGCCAGCAGAGGUAGCAACCUUAACUCAAGUGGAGCUAAUAGGACUAGUCUAUCUGGGGGAACAGGAAGUGGAACACAGGGUGCUACUAAACCGUUGUCUACUCCACAUAGACCAACCUCUGCCUCAGGGUCUUCAGUGGUAACAGCCAGUGUGCAGUCCACAACAGGAGCAUCAUUAUUGGCUAAUGCCUCACCUCUGACUCUCAUGACAUCACCUUUGUCUGUAACAAAUCAAACUGUGACUCCUUUUGGGAUGCUGGGUGGCCUUGUUCCAGUGACCAUGCCCUUCCAGUUUCCCUUGGAGCUACUUGGCUUUGGAACGGACACAGCUGGAGUGACAACCACCUCGGGAUCUACCUCAGCCGCUUUCCAUCACAGCCUAACUCAGAAUUUACUAAAGAGUUUACAGCCGGGAACUCAGCAUGCAGCAACACUUUCCCACUCACCUCUGCCUACACACUUACAGCAAGCAUUUAAUGAUGGAGGCCAAAGUAAAGGGGACACUAAGUUACCACGGAAAUCUCAGUGACUUCCCAGCAAUCAAGAGAGGAAUCAUUUGACUGGCUGAUGGGACCUACCUGAUGGGAAAGUCUUAUGUGGUCACAGGGCUGCUGUUUCUGUCGAUGUUUACAUUCUUGUCCCAAGCACUGUGGUGAGGAGGAAAAGGAAAGAAAAUGUUACUUGAGCAAAGCCAGGUGCAGGAGGAAGAAGUGCUUUUGUGGAAAGUUAGUGACCUUUGGUCUCUUAAAGUUCCCAUAGGAACUUUAAAAGAGACUCAGCUGUCAAACCCACAGAAGUAUCAAUUUGAUUUUUUUUUUUUUUUACCCUGGGGGGAGAAAGAAGGAAGUUGAGAGGAUUUGGGUAAAUGGCCAUCCAUCCUGGGGGUUGGAUCUGAACACUCUACAUAAAAGUGCAUAAUAAAAGCAACUAAAAAGCAGAAUUAACCCAGUUUGAGGAGAAUCAGUCAUGGCUAUGUAGUGGACAGAUUUGCUACAGUCAGUUGCAUGAUGCUCUCCAGACAGUAGCCCAAGAGUACUGUACCCUCAAAUGUCCUGAGCAAACUUGAAUCUUCUCCAGUAUGUAGCAGUUCACAGUGUAAGUCAGUAGACUGAAAAUGCUUCAGCAAAGUUGCUGUAGCACAGCGAUAUAUAUUACUAUAUCUUCUAGAUUUUUAAAGUAAGGAAAGUGAGCCUGUUGCUCUUAACAGACAAAAUGUAGACCCUUUUUGUGAAAGGGUCUAUUUCAUCCUCCUUCCAGAGUAGGUACUGAACUCCUCUGUGCAGCUGACUGUCGUCCGGUCUGGACUGGUUAGUAUUUAUUUCUACUGCUGGUGCGCAGAAGUGAGUGCUCACAUUUCCUCUUGAUCAUGGGGUCUUUGCUGUUGGGCUGCUGCUUUGCUGCUCAUCUCCUUUGUAGCCUGCCAAGAACUGCAGACGCCCAGUUCCCUCACUGUACAGUGCUCUUUACUAGUGGUACUUUAGGUGAUUAGAGCUGUUGAUAUAAACAGUGUGCACAGCAUCUGUUUCUUUGUGGGCCAGCUAAAUAGCAUAUACAUAAUAGUACACUGUUUUAAAGGGACGAACCCCAGUAAGAGUACUGAUGUGCACAAGGGAUCACCUUUUAUUUCUAUCACAGUGAGACUUUAUGCCCUAUAUCCAGUGCAGUAAAAAUGUUUCAAGCAUUUGGAAUCUUAAAGUUUUACUAGAAUUUACUUUGAAUGCUGAUAUUCAAGUAAACCUACAGAUAAUUAAGAUUCUUUAAUUCUGGUUUCUGUAUGUGAAUAGAGACAAUGAAGGGUGUAAAGGGGAAAACAUACAAUUCUAUUUGGAAACUUAUUUUUGCCUCAAUUACAUUGUGGUGUCCCCUGAAUUUUAAACUUCUAAGUGUUUUCAAACUGUCUAAGAGUAGCUCUAAGUGAUGUAACUUUAGUCUAUAUAUGAUGACAGAUUCGUUUAUAUAUGAUGACAGACUAGCCUGGUAAUAACAAGGUUGCUUUUAUAUUCUCAUUACAUGUUACCAUGUACGAUUAAGUUUAUACAGAUUAAGAGUGUUAACCAGGCCCAAUUUUCCUUUAAUAAGCAGAAGUCCCAAGAAGCAUCUAGGACUAUAAUAACCAACCACAGAUCUACUCGGAUUUUUAAUGCCUAUAAUUUGACUUAAGUCGCAUUGGCAUGCUUCAUAGCCAAAAGUCGAUGAAUAAAUAAUUUAAAACUUUAGUUCCAAGAACUUGUUACAGUAAGGGAAAAUGAUUGUUCAGAAGAACCAUUGAAGCUUGGUGUGCUGCCCAGUGCUUGUAAUCCCAAUACUCAGGAGGCUGAGGCAGGAGGAUCUCAGGUUUGAGGCCAGCUUGGAGUAUAUGUCAGUGAGUCCCAGGCUAAUCUGAACUGGGCUAACAAUGAGACCCUGUCUCAAAAAAGAAAAGAAAUCAUUGGUAUAAUUUCUUGACUAUAGUAAUUUAGUUUAUCAGUAAAACAAAUACAGAUGCUACAUGAGCCCAGUAGAUAUUUUGGAAAGAUACAGGGACGUUGAAGACAGCUUUGACUUGAACUUAGCAUGCUCAGUUUCAUUUGAAAGGUCUCUUAGAGGAACUUGCUCAGCUCUUGGCUUACUAUAGUACCGGGUGACUUCUUUACAGACAUGCCUGCUAAUACGGCCUGGGCUGCUGUGCUGGAGGUGUGCUUAGGAAGGCGGCCUUUGGCUUCACUUCCUCUACAAAGGAGAAGUCAGUGCGUUUAGUCUCUUCCUGCUGAUACCUGUGUGUUUGUGUGUUUACAUAGACACACCCAUUCAUAUAAAUCAAAUGCUAUUAAAAGUCAAUAAUGAUAAUUGUAGUUUCUUAAAUCCAUCACUUCUGAACCAUACUAUAUGAAGGCUCUGAUGGUUCUUUGCCAUCAUUAGAAAACAAGAUUGGUAAUUCUUUUUCCUGUGUCUUUUUAUAAAAUUCCCUGAAGCCCUGGGCUCUAAGAAUAUAAGAUGUAAAGUAUAUUCUGUUCCUGUCAGUCUUGGUUCCCUAAGGACUGCUGAGAGAUCCCUACUUCAGCAACCCUCUCGUGUUAUACAGAUAAAUCAGAGAGAGUCCUUUCUACAUGUAAAUACAUUUCUUUCUAUAUCAUAACAUUGAAAAUGGUCUCCAUACUUUAUGGUUACCUGUCUUUACAGUUUUUAUUACUAAAAACAAGCGUAUAAGUUGGUUAUUUUUUAACAGAGACUUGCGACUCAUACUGUAUUUUUGCACUUAAAGUCAAAUUAUGUUAUUUUUAAAAUGGUGAAUAACUGGAAAGGAUAUCUGUAGAGCAGUGUGUAUCGCUAAAGAGCAUUAGCAAGAUCCAAAUGCAGAGGUAAAUCAGCACACUUAACCCACUCAUGGGGUACUUGAUUCAGGAAGAUUAAGCUAUUUGUUUCCAACUGUCUUAUAUUUGAAAUUGCCUUCACUGAUGUAUAAGCUGUUACUGUACAUACAAGGUGAUCCUCAGUAUUCACAAGCAAUAACAGUCAGCAGAGCUGUCCUCGGACAGCAGUGCUGAACCUCAGUUGGAGACUGUUUGGAAGCAAAGUGUCAAGCUCAUUGAGAGCCUCCAAAAUAAAUGCAAGCAAUAAUUUCUAUUAAAGUUAAAUUAUAAUUCUUCUCAUGCUUCUGAGAACAGAGUGGGAAAUCAUGAUUUUAAAACAAUCUGGAGAAAAGAUUUGGGGGGAAAGAAGCCAAGUUUUAAUCCAUAGUAAGAAAGUCCUUAUACUUUGAAGAAAUCAGGAAGAUUUAAUUAGCACAUUCUUUCAUGCCCACCACCCCUUUGAUGGAUGUUAUUAGCCCAAAUUAUAUUGUUUUGUAUCAUAGAUGCUGAAUAAGGCUUAUUUGGGUCCCAACACUGGGGGAAGAACCGGGCAUAUACCCGUUUGAAAACUGUGGGUUUGACACCUGCUUGGAAACAGCUUAUUGGAACUGAUCUUAACCCAGGAUAUUUUUUCCCAAAGCAGAUCUAAAUUGUUUACUAUGCAGAGAUGGAAAGGGCAGGCACUCCUAUUCUCUCUCCUCCAGAUGCCCUCUCCCACAACCCUUUCCACCUCUACUUGGCUCAAGACUUUCUGAAAUGAAAAUUCUACUGUUAUUGCAACUGCCAUUGGUUAUAAGAACUCUGUCCUUUGGGAUCGUCUCUAGAACUUAUCUGUCCUACUUGCUGCUACAUUUGGAAAUGAAUUUGCCUGUGUUGGUUGACUUUAACUUCUCUGUUUGUAGGAGAUUUUGUCAUGUCUUUGCUCCCAGUGUAGAACUAGGGUACUUUAUUUUAGGAGUGUACUACAAAAGCACACUGGUCCUUGUAUUGUUAUUAUUAUCUAGGUUUUGAAUUUGUUUCCUUUGUUUGUUGGAUUUUGUUUUGUUUAAUUUUUCAAAUUGAAAAUAGAAGAAUGACAAAAGUCUAUACUGCAGGCCAAACUUGAGAACUGUCCUGUGCUUCAGCACGAGUACUUCUGCUGACCUGAUGUUCUCUGAAGGGGCACUUUGACUUUUAGUUGUACAUGUGUGACUUUUUGUUUUUGCUUUGGGGGUGCUUUUGGUUUUGUAAAAACAAAGCAGAAAAAAAGUACAGUAGUAGAUAAAUGAUCACAAACAUGUUAUGCAAUUUUAUUUUAUAAAGUUUUAAGGGAAAAGUUUAACUCCUUGUAAAUAAUUUCUUAUCUCUGGUAAAAAUGCUUAUAUACUCUAAACCAUGCUCAGUUCAGGCCUUUGUCUUUGUUAAGUGCCUUUUAUUUCUUUGUUUUUCUCCCCUCUUUUGAAACUUUUCAGACACCCUCAAAUACAUACUGAUUAAGUCAAGGGAUUCAGGAGAAAGAAUCUCAGACUUGCCAAGAUCAUAUCAUGUUAUAAUAUUCUUCCUUCUGCUUUGUGUGUGUGGACACAAGUACGAGAUGCACAGUGUGUAUCUAAAACCAGGAACAGCUGUUCGUGGCAAUCUCUCUCAGCACUGCCCUUUUGACAUUGCAGAACUUCUGCCCUGUUUGUUCCAUUGGUUUGAGUUGAUUCAGAUGGGCAGAUUGGGAAGUAGUCUUUGCACAUGAUGCUGGCUUCCCCUUCUGAAUAUCUGUAGAAGUUAAUAAGUGUGUGUGUGUGUGUGUGUGUGUGUGUGUGUAUAGGAUAAUAUAUAUAUAUAGCAUAUAUGUGUUGGUUAUUGCAAGCAUAAUAAACUCGGUGGACUCGUUGACUUUUUCUGGAUGUAAUCCACUUCUCUCUACCCUUCAAAUUUGGCAGAUGUAGUGUGUAAGGAAGCAUCAGAAUAAUAAGAGCAUCUUGUGGGCCAAUCUGAGAUGGUGCCCUAUGCAGACAAACACAUGGGUGGCUAGAGCUAGAACCAUGCAGUGGUAUCUGAAUACACUUUGAAGGAAGUUAGCACUCGUGUCAAUAUUAAAAGGUGUUUUCUUCUGGAAAAUGAUCUUUAAGAAAUUAUAUAGCUGAAUACCUUUUAAAACUUCAGUAAGCUUAGAAUUUAGAUAGUGAAAAAACACUUAUAAUCUGCAACAUACUUGAGAUUUUUAAUCUCUUUAUUUUCCAGAUGAUUAGAUUUUGAUCUGAUUUUGUGAUUAUUUAAAUAUCUUUCUUGAACAAAAUAACAUAACUUCCAGAAUCUAAGAUUUAUUUAUUUAUUUUAGAUGUGACAUGUUGAAAAAGACUAAAUUGAACCAAUUCUCUGUAAACAGUACAAAUAUAUCUACAAAAUACCCCAUGUAAGUAAAAUUUUAAUUGGAAAAGGAGACUUGUGGCUAAAAAAAAGAAGCUCCUGGUAGCAGAACUGUUGUCUGGCAGCCAGGAUCAGUAGUGAGUGUUAACUCCUAAACAACUUUAUCUAGGGGAUGUCAUUUAACCUUUGUGCCUCAGAUUACCCAUGAGACAAUUGGGUAUAAUAAUAAUUGCCUACCUCCCAGGGAUAUCAGAGACUUUACUAUUUCAAAAAUAUUUUGAGUUUUUCUAGAACAUCCUAUAUAAUUAAUAGUAUUAUCUUGCUGCAGAGGUUGAAAAGCAAAUGUUUUCCUUAAAAUGGAUAUAAAGAGCACCCUAUGGUCUUUAUGUUUAAAAAAAAUCAUUGGAAUUUUAAUUUAGAUGCAUAUUUGAUAUUUAAACAUACCAUAUUUAUAGUGUGGUAGAAUUACUAGUUUCAGGUUAAAUCAAAGGGGAUGACACCAAGUUUCUUAACUACCAAUUGAUUGUUUUAAGCUUUUAUGAUAUUAUUACCUCGUGUGAUAUUUUCAAGAUAGUCUGGUUUACAGAUAAACGAUCCUGGCAGGUUAUAGCUCCCUCCUCCACCUUCUGAAUUUACUUUACUUGUAGUACCUGCUUGGUGGUGGAAACUAAGGUUUUGCGUUUCUAACAGUAAAUCAGACCCUACACACUGCUCCUGUUUCUGUAGGUUUAUCCAGCUUUGCCCUGGGGGAGGGAGCUAUGUGUACUUUUAACUUAGCAGUUCAUGCUUCUUCAGCCCAUAAGCAAGUCGGAGCUAUCAGCUGCUCAGAUUGUAGGAAAAUGGGAGAAAGAAGACAGGAUUUAUUUCCUACCAGGAACAGAGGUAGGGAUGGUCAGAGUAGAAGGAAACAUGAUUUCCCUAGCUCCCGGGAGGAGAUUAAGAUCAUUUUAUCUCACCUUCUAUUAGUGCAUAAAACGUUUCUCUUUAAAACAAAGGAACAAAUGGAUGCAGCAGUUUUUGCUGGGGCUAAAUAGUGUGUAAGAGAGAGUGAGUGUGAGGGAGUUUAAAUUACAGCAGAGAGACCCGGGUAUUGUGUCGAGGAACAGUUACAGCUCAAGCGAGUUAGGAGAAAGCACUGGGCCUAAGCAGCUAGCACAUCUGGGCUGACCCCAGAACUGGCUUGGACCUGGUCAGUCUCUAAGCCCUAGGUGUUUGUUAUUGUUUUUCUAAAGUCCCUUUUGGCAUUUUUAUUGAUUUUUUUUUCUCCUCCAGAUAAGGCCUUAGUUCAUAACCUUUAAGUAUCAACUAUGCAGAUAAACAUACUCUUUAUUUUCUGCAUUUCCUUCUUGUUCCUUCUUCAAUAAAAAAUGUUAAGAUUUCAACCCAAAGUAAUAAGGUUUAGGGGGUUUGUCGAAUGUGUGUGUGUUUCCUCUGGGGAAUUAUAACAGCAGUCUAAAAUAGAUGCAUUGUCUGUGUUCAUCUGUCCUAAAAUGUGAACUUUACAUAAAAAGCUAGCUGAAGACCCUUUUACCUGUGCAGACCUGGAGUUAGUGUCGUGGAGCAUGUUUGUGCUUUUAUGAAGUCCCCAGUGUGUUGUUGAGAAGUUCAGUGUUUGGUUGACAGAGCUGAAAAGAUGGCUAAGACUGAUUGAAAAGAGCUUCAAAUAUUAAUGUUGAGUUCUUCGUUUCUUUUGGUCUUUAUUCUUGCCUUUGGUGUUGAGCUCUUAAGUUAGCCACUUGUUCCACUACAGUAUAAGUUGCUUGUGGUUAGAUCUAGGGAGGAAAGGCAGAUUGUUUCCACAUCCUCUUGCCCGCCACUUUUCUGUCUGCUCUUUGUGCUCCAACACAAAGAUAGUAUAAGUGGAUAGUUUGCAUCUUAGCAGAGGGCACAAGCAUAGGUUAUCUUGAGUUUAGUGGAAAUGCCUUCAACAACCUGAUGCUAAAUGACACUUUUCUCAUGCACACUCUUAGUACCAUUUGCUUUAAGGUGUUUAUUUGUGAUCCCCUUGUGUUGUGAUGAUUCUGCUUCUCUGUGUUUCCUAUGUAUUUCCAUUUCAUAGCAGUUGGUAUUCAAACUUUGUAUACUUUAACACUGCUAUCCAAACUGGUCAGGAACACAUUUUGAAGUCUCAGUAGUACAAUUAAGGUUCUGUAUAUAGUCCAGAACUUGGGGAUUACUGAUGAUUGGAAUAUUUUCCUCUUCUCAUUUAUAUUAAAAAAAAAUUAGAUCUCCUAGGCUGAGGGUGUAGCUCAGUGGUAGAGCUCUUGUCCAGCAUUUGCAAAGCCUGGAGGUCCAGGUCCAUAAUAACAAUAAAUAGGUCUCAUUUUUACAUAAUACCAGUACCUUUCAAGUUUCAUCAGAGGAAAUACAGUCUUCAUUAGGGCUCAUAACAGCCUGCCUUAUUUCCAUGCCUCCUCUAGAACAGAGCUCUUUUGCUAAGGUCUAUCUGAGCCAAGCCGACCUUUAAAUCCUUAGUCCCAGUUUUAAGUUCCUUGGAAAACUAUCAUUUGCCCUCACGUUGCUACAGUUACUUAAUUCUGGUUUACCGUGAGUCUGACUGGUGAGUGCUUGGUGGUAGAGCUCUGACUGAUGUCAGAUAAAAUGGCUUCCCUGAGGGAAUGUGAAAGUCAGUGGCUCCAUCUGUCUUCAAAGUACAUUUAGGAAUCAACAACUAAGAGAAGCCAUUGUCUGCCUGUGUGACAACUUGUGCUUAAAAGUUCACAACCAUAUUGUGUUUUCUGUACUUAGAGCCAUAGACUUUCCUCCUUUCUUGCUUACCUCUACUGUUUGCAGAAACAUUAUACCCUCUCAGAAAAUUGAUUUUUUCUCCCACACUGGCAAAAUUACCAAGGAUUUGCCCAGUUUUAGCUAGAAACAUAAAAAGGGAAAUAAAUUUUUAUCAGUUGGCAAAAGUAUUUCUUUUAAAUAGAAAGUUGAGCUAACUUUGGAACAGCUUUCUUGAUGUUUCAGCUCUGCCUUCAUAAUAGAUUAUACAUACCUUUUUGACAUGUGCUCAGCAAGGGCCUUCUCCCACACAGCCUCCUCUAAUUCAUAGUUAGCACCAGAGAAGAGACCAAGCUUUGCAGUGACCUGUUGUCAACUGAAAUUGAAGAACUGUCUUAUUCUAGAAAAUAUUGGAGUACUAAACCAUUCUUGGAGGAGAGUGUGUUCAUUUGAGCCUCCCCAAGCUUCCUCUUGUUAAACAGUAUCAAACUUUAAGGAGAGGAAAAGAAAUCUCUAUCUGAUGAAAAUUUUGUGCUCCAAAUAAUGAAAUAAAGUAUAACCAAGGUGGCUAAGAGUCGGGUAUUUUCUCUCUUUGCUGUGAGCAAGGUUUGUUUAUGAAUGCAAGAACUACCAUGGAUUGCAGACCUAUUUGCUAUAACUGGAAAACAAGAGUCUGAAUUUUAGUCUGCUGAAACACACAUUUCCAACCCUCUUUAAAAUUUAGAAAGGGGAGACUUUUCUUUAGUAGCAGAAGGAAAAACAGUUAUUUAUUCCUGAAUGUCCACUCUGCAGAGCUGCUCCCACCAGGGAAACAGUCCCUCCCCUUUCGGCAGCUCCACCCUGCACAGAUGCUAUCUUGUUUGCAAGCCGUCUCCCACAAAGGAGCCUGAGGAGUCCAUGGUCCUUUAGGGGAGAUGCCCCAAUUACUGUGUUGCAUCUACUCUUAGGAAGGUUGUUUUUUUUUUUUUUUUUUGCUAACUUGAAGGAUUAUAUGCUGUAUUUCAAAUAAGUGUGUGACUUAAUACUUUGAGACUUUUUUUUCCCUCUAAAAACUGGACCUGAAUGCAAGCUUUGAGUUGGUAUUUGUAAUAAUCUCAGGACCUGAAAGAUUGUAGCAUUUAGUGUGUCUUAAAAAUUAUGUACUGUACCAGCCAUGGAGUUUUGUAAAUAUACCUGUCUCCCUUUUUUUGUAUUAUUUUAGUAAAUAAAUAAAUAAAUUUAAUAAAAGGGGAUGGUGAUGACAUGUAUGUGUUUGUCUGUAUGUGCGAGUGUGCGUGCAUAAGGCUCUUUUAAGACAAAUUGGUGCUUGUUGAAUUUCUAGUUAAGCUUAGCAGGAAUAUGGACAAACUGCUGCUGUUGACCCUGCACUAAGCAAGGAGGAUGUCCAUCCUGCCUUUCCAGUAGUCUGUCUGCGCAGUACUAGUAAAUGGGAAGUAGAAUCUAAGCUCUUCUCCACAGCCGUCUUGCUGUUGCGAUCUUGAUCUAGUUCCGGCACCCUUUAAACUUGGGUACGAAAGUUUCCACCCUUCCCUGAUUCCUGGUUUUAGAACUCAACUUUUCUAAGAAAAAAAAAAAGGCAGGUUUAAAAAAAUAACAGCAACAAAAGAACUGCACAUUUCAUAAGACCCCUGAUGAAUUUGGGACAUGCGAGAACAUUCCUAAACGUGAACUUGCCGGCCUGGCCCAUGAUACACUCCUUCAGUGCAGGGACUCUGUUCAUCUUACUUUGCAGCAGCCCUGUUCAUAUUCCAAGUGUAACUAGCAAACCUAUUUUGAAAUAAGAGCCUUAUUUGAUUCAGAAUAGAUGUUUCCUGUCUAUCCUUUGUGACAGGACCUUUUACAUGAGUGGGUUUUUUUUUCCUUUUGUAUAUGUUAUAUGUGUGUUGUAUUAAAUAAAGAGGACUGUAAAUAUUACUCCCAUGUCUCUUG